CACAAAUCAAGGAUUGGUUUUGUAACACAAAUGUUUCCUUCAGUUUCUGUUAGUACUCCAAACUCUCUAAUGGUUCUUGACACAAAUCUCAGAGAAAACUAUGCUUCACAACCAAUUCAUUUGCAAGAAAACUACUUAUUAAAACCAAGGAUGAAAGAUGAGCAGCUUCCUUUUGUUGCUCCUAAUUCAUCUCAAUGUUUCUUGCAAGAUUUUAACCAUAUUGAUCAGUUUCAUCCUGUGCAUGGCUCAUCAUCAUCCAAUCAAGUUUUUGGUGUUCAAACUCAAAAUUUUGACCCUUUUGAUAAUGCAGCAUGUGCACAAACAGAUUUUGAAGUUUAUGAUGGCAACAACAAAUCAUUUGCUGAGAAUAAUGGAAGUGGUCAUGCUCACCUUAUUGAUAAUUUCCAAUAUGAUGGUUAUAGUUUGAAUAUCCCUAGAAGGAAUAUUCAAGUUGAUAUGAUGGUUGAAAAUCAUAGUUAUUUUCCAUUUAAUAAUCCUUCAGAAACAAAGCCAUUGAAUUAUGUUGUACCAGAUGAUGAAGUCUCUAGCAUAGCUCCAACAAAUUAUUACCAAAGAGCUGGAUUGAAUAGAAACAACAGGUUAUCUCCUACCACAAGAAGAGCAUUUAAAGCAAGGAAGAAGUCCAACAUAGUGAAGGGACAAUGGACAGUGGAUGAAGAUAGAUUGUUGAUUCAACUUGUGGAACAAUAUGGAAUGAGGAAGUGGUCUCAUAUUGCUCAAAAGUUGCCUGGAAGAAUUGGGAAACAAUGCAGAGAAAGAUGGCACAACCAUUUAAGGCCUGACAUUAAGAAGGACAUAUGGACUGAUGAAGAGGAUAAAAUAUUGAUCCAAGCUCAUACAGAGAUAGGGAAUAAAUGGGCAGAGAUUGCAAAGAGAUUGCCAGGAAGAACUGAAAACUCAAUAAAAAACCAUUGGAAUGCAACAAAGAGAAGGCAAUAUUCCAAAAGAAAAUGUAGAUCAAAGUAUCCUAGAAGCACUCUUCUGCAGGAAUAUAUCAAAAGCUUGAACUUAGACCAAAAUCCACCAAGAGACUUUAGAAAAAGAUCUUCUGUCAAUGCCAAGAAAAUUACAAAUACUUUCACAAGCACAAGCACAAGCACAAGCAAAGCAGCACAGGUUCCUCCUCAGCUACACAUUACAAAUCAAUUUUGUCCUAACGACCGAUCGGUGCCAAACUAUGAGUUAAAUGAUUUUUGUUUGGAUGAUAAUUUGUUUGAAGAAGGGUGUGGUAUUGAUUCUUUGCUAGAUGAUAUGUCGAGUGUUCCUACUUUGGAUGGUGAGAAAGGUUUUGAUGAAAAACAAUGUGAUAAUAAGGGAAGCAUGCAAGUUGUUAAUGUUGUUGAGCAUCAAUUUGAGACAGGGAUUGAAGUUAAGAAGGAGUUGGAUUUGGUGGAGAUGAUCUCUCAGGUUAAUCAAAGUAUUAAUUAAUGUGUAAAUCCUUGUUCUUGGAAGCCAUUAUAUUUACUGAUUUAGUUUCUUGUUUUGUUACUAGUUUUAUGUUACAUCAUAUUUUAUGAUCAUUAUAGAUAACAGCAUAAUCUCAGCACAUGUUUUGUUUAAGUGAAGAAAGAUACUUACAAUUUGUCAAUCAGCAUAGUCAUAGACAUAUUUUGUAACAGCAUAUAAUGAAUAAAAAGGACAUUUUGUCA